GUGCCCUGUGUGUCACCGGCUCAGCCGGGUUCCUGGCUACUUGCUCUUUCACCUGUGGUGGUCCUGUAACAUGAAUGAGGAGGAUAAUUAGCUCUUUGGAGAGCAAGUGGCUUCUUAUUGCAGGCACUGGAAUCUUACUGCUGGGGGAUGGCUGCUAUUAUUUGGUGCAGGUGAUCGGAACAGAAGCUACUUGUGUGACAGUGUUGUGAUUAGCAACAUGCCUCCUCCCAGAACAAGGGAGGGCAGGGAUCACCGAGACUACCGCCGCGCUCCCACUGGGGAAGAGGCCUGGGAGAAGUGGGACUGGAAUUGUCCAGAGACACGUCGCCUCUUGGAAGAUUCCUUCUUCCGUGAUGAGGAUUACAUUCGUCAGGGUUCUGAGGACUGCCAGAAAUUUUGGGCCUUUUUUGAACGCCUGCAGCGAUUCCAGAGUGCCAAGACCUCCAGGAAGGAGGAGAAAGAUGCUGGUUGUCCUAAGCAUGGUACCUCAGCACUGGCCGACCUGCCUCACACUUAUGACCCACGCUACCGCAUCAACCUCUCCAUCAUUGGCCCUGAUGCGCGGGGCUCUCGGGGGCCGGGCAGGCGCCUGCCCCCUGAGAGAGUGUCUGAGUUCCGCCAAGCCUUGUUGCACUACCUGGACUUCGGCCAGAAGCAGGCAUUCGGGCGGCUGGCCAAACUGCAGCGGGAGCGGGCCGCACUGCCCAUCGCCCAGUAUGGGAACCGCAUCCUGCAGACGCUGAAGGAGCACCAGGUGGUCGUGGUGGCUGGUGACACGGGCUGUGGCAAGUCCACUCAGGUGCCCCAGUACCUGCUGGCUGCUGGCUUCAGUCACGUGGCAUGCACCCAGCCCCGGCGGAUCGCCUGCAUCUCGCUGGCCAAGCGCGUUGGCUUUGAGAGCCUCAGUCAGUAUGGCUCCCAGGUCGGCUACCAGAUCCGCUUUGAGAGCACGCGCUCGGCGGCCACCAAGAUCGUGUUCCUGACAGUGGGGCUGCUCCUGCGGCAGAUCCAGCGGGAGCCCAGCCUGCCCCAGUACCAGGUCCUGAUCGUGGACGAGGUCCAUGAGCGGCACCUCCACAACGACUUCCUCCUGGGCAUCCUCCGGCGCCUGCUGCCCAGGAGGCCCGACCUCAAGGUCAUCCUCAUGUCGGCCACCAUCAACAUCUCGCUCUUCUCCAGCUACUUUGGCAGCGCCCCUGUGGUACAAGUGCCCGGGAGGCUGUUCCCCAUCACGGUGGUUUACCAGCCACAGGAGGCAGAGCCGACCACAUCUAAGUCAGAGAAGCUGGACCCACGGCCUUUCCUGAGGGUGCUGGAGUCCAUCGAUGCCAAGUACCCGCCCGAGGAGCGGGGUGACCUCCUUGUCUUCCUCAGUGGCAUGGCGGAGAUUAGCGCUGUGCUCGAGGCUGCCCAGACCUACGCCAGCCACACACAGCGCUGGGUGGUGUUGCCGCUGCAUAGCGCCCUCUCUGUGGCCGACCAGGACAAGGUGUUCGAUGUUGCACCACCCGGAGUCCGGAAAUGCAUCCUCUCCACCAACAUCGCCGAGACCUCGGUCACCAUCGACGGCAUCCGCUUUGUGGUGGAUUCUGGGAAGGUGAAGGAGAUGAGCUAUGACCCACAGGCCAAGCUCCAGCGGCUGCAGGAGUUCUGGAUCAGCCAGGCCAGUGCUGAGCAGCGCAAGGGCCGGGCGGGCCGAACGGGGCCCGGAGUCUGCUUCCGUCUCUACGCAGAGUCGGACUACGAUGCCUUCGCCCCCUACCCUGUCCCAGAAAUCCGGAGGGUGGCCUUGGAUGCGUUGGUGCUGCAGAUGAAGAGCAUGAGCGUGGGGGAUCCCCGAACCUUCCCCUUCAUUGAGCCUCCCCCACCAGCCAGCCUGGAAACUGCCAUUCUCUAUCUCCGGGACCAGGGAGCCCUGGACAGCUCAGAGGCCCUCACUCCCAUCGGGUCCCUGCUGGCCCAGCUGCCUGUGGACGUCGUGAUUGGGAAGAUGCUGAUCCUGGGCUCCAUGUUCCGCCUGGCGGAGCCCGUGCUCACCAUCGCGGCUGCCCUCAGUGUCCAGUCACCCUUCACCCGCAGUGCACAGAGCAGCCCGGACUGUGCCACAGCGCGGCGGCCCCUGGAGAGCGACCAGGGUGAUCCCUUCACGCUCUUCAACGUCUUCAACGCCUGGGUGCAGGUGAAGUCCGAACGGAGCAGAGACUCGCGCAAGUGGUGCCGUCGCCGGGGCAUAGAGGAGCACCGGCUGUACGAAAUGGCCAACCUGCGGCGCCAAUUCAAGGAGCUGCUGGAGGACCACGGGCUGCUGGCUGAGGCCCGGGCUGCAGGGCCAGGGGACAGCCACAGCCGGCUGCAGCAGCGCCGUGAGCGCCGGGCACUGUACCAGCUGAAGCGCCAGCACGAGCAGGGUGGCGGACGCGGGCGCAAGGUGCUGCGGCUGCGGGAAGAGCAGGAUGGCUGCUCCAGCGAUGAGGACCGCGCAGGGGCCCUGAGGGCCGGUGACAGUGUGGACAUCCAGGACGUGAAGUUCAAGCUCCGGCACAACCUGGAGCAGCUACAGGCAGCCGCCAGUGCAGCCCAGGACCUGAGCCGCGAGCAGAUGGCCCUGCUCAAGCUGGUGCUGGGCCGGGGCCUCUACCCCCAGCUGGCCAUCCCGGAUGCGUUCAACAGUGGCCGCAAGGACUCGGACCAGAUCUUCCACACCCGGGCCAAGCAGGGAGCCGUGCUGCACCCCACCUGCGUCUUCGCCGGCAGCCCUGAGGUGCUGCAUGCCCGGGAGCAGGAGGUGGAGGGCUGCGACGGGAACCGAGGUGACAAGGACAGGAUGAGCAGCAGACAUCAGCUCCUUGCCUUUGUGUCCCUAUUGGAGACCAACAAACCGUACCUGGUGAACUGCGUCCGUGUCCCCGCCCUCCAGGCCCAGCGGCCAGAGGAGGAGGAAGACGAGGAGGCUGCACCGGUCAGCCCCAGGGAGGUGGCGGCCCUGAGCAGGGAGCUGCUGCAGCUCAUGGCAUCCAAGGUUCCCUACAGCCUGCGGCGGCUUACGGGGCUGGAAGCCCAGAACCUCUAUGUGGGACCCCAGACCGUCACAGCUGCCCCCAGUCUCCCUGGCCUCUUUGGCAGCGCCACCCUGACUCCCCACCCCACCAAGGGGGGCUACGCGGUCACCGACUUCCUCACCUACAACUGCCUCACGAGCGAUGCGGACCUGUACAGCGACUGCCUGCGCACCUUCUGGACCUGCCCCCGCUGCGGCCUCCACGCGCCCCUCACACCUGUGGAGCGCAUCAGCCACGAGAACACCUGCGCCCCAGACCCGCAGGACGCACCCCCAGGGGCUGAGGAAGCCACUCCCGAGCCCCUCCAGAAGGCGUCUGCCCUGCAGAGGCCUUACCAUUGCGAGGCCUGCCAGAAGGACUUUCUGUUCACGCCCACGGAGGUGCUGCGGCACCGGAAGCUGCACGUGUGAGCUGGGCUGGGAGCCCUGCCCACCUCCCACCAGGGCCAGGGAGCCUGCCCGCAAGCCACCUGUGCCUCUCUGGGACCAGGGCCAGGACUCAACUGGAAGCUGCGGCCUGGGAGGAGUGUGGCUGGGUGAAUAAAACCUUGCACCCGA